UCGUGAGUUUGAUGUGAAGCAGAAGAAACAGAUAACCCACCCACAAAGCGAAACACCGUUAUACAUAAACAUGAAGUGUCUUUUAUCGGGUAUGUGGAGUUGGGUGGUGUUGCUGGUUUUGAUGGGGAGUGGAAGAAGCAUGGGGUGCUUGGAGGAAGAGAAGAAUGCGCUGCUCAAGAUUAAGGCCGCCUUCAACCACCCGGAUGGGUCUUCUCUUCCCUCGUGGCAAGGCGAGGACGGUGACUGUUGCGGCUGGGAAGGUGUGGAGUGCGAUAACACCACUAUGCAGGUGACUCGACUAUAUCUGAACAAUACACGUGAAUGGGGAUUGCCAUCGCCUUGGGUUAUUGACGCGUCUUUAUUCCUUCCCCUGGAGGAACUUCAAGUGUUGAAUUUAAGAUGGAAUUCUCUCUCAGAAUUAAACGGAGUGUUAUACCUGAAGAAAUUGAAGAGGCUAUAUCUAUCUGGCAAUUAUCUACAACGAGUCCCCUCAUUGUACAAGCAAACUUCAGUGGAGACCCAAAAUUUGUCUUCCAUUCAGCUUGAAGGUGUGAAUCUGGAGGUGCUGGAUCUUUACGAUAACUAUUUGGUGAAUGAUGCCCUCGCGGACAUUACGAGGAUAACAUCUCUUAAGGCCUUAGACAUCAGUGGUUGUGAGCUGAAUGCAUCAAAGUUACUGGAAGGCUUGUGCGGAUUGAGGACCCUUGAAGAGUUGGAUAUUGGAAAGAAUGGAUUUUGGGGUCCUCUUCCUUCUUGCUUCUGCAAUCUGACCUCACUCCGUACUCUUAAUGUCAAAGGAAACAAUUUUAGCGGGGCUAUUCCUUCAUGUCUCCUCCAUAAUCUCAAGUCGCUUGAAUAUAUUGGCUUCUCUGGAAAUGCUUUUGAAGGCUCACUUUCGCUUGCUUCCUUGGCCAAUACUUCCAACCUUGAGGUAUUCGACCUCAUGGACAAUCGUAAUCAUCUGGAAAUAAAUACAGAAGGGCCCACUUGGUUCGCUUCAUCUCAACUGAAGGUGUUUGUUUUAUCAAAUUGUGUGCUCAACAAAGACGCAAAUGGCGUCAUUCCCAGCUUUUUCAAACAACGGCGUGACUUGAGACGUGUUCGGCUCAGCCAUAGUGGAAUGAGAGGAAAUUUCCCAAAUUGGCUAUUGGACAACAAUGUCAAUCUAGAGCACCUCCAACUCCAAGGCAACAAUUUGUCGGGUGCUCUUAAUUUGCCUUCCAAUUUGAAUCUUGACAGCAUGCGGUGGUUCGAUGUGUCCGCUAAUAUCAUUGAAGGAGAGCUUCCAUCCUGGAUUGGUUUUAUCCUCCCGAAUUUGGCCUAUUUAAAUUUCUCAGCCAACUUAUUGGAAGGUAGAAUCCCUUCCUCCAUGGGCAAUAUGAAACAACUGCAGACAUUGGACUUGUCGAAUAAUGGCUUCACGGGAGAGAUACCAAAGCCACUAGCUGAAAAUAGUACGUCACUUGGACUGUUGAAACUGUCAGGCAACAACUUGCAAGGCCAACUACCACUAAGGUUGUUUAACUUGCCAGGGUUGACAUCUUUGUAUCUGGAUAACAAUCAUUUCACAGGAGGCAUAUCGCAUGGCAAAUUAAAUGGCUCCUCAUUGCGAGUUUUGGAUGUAAGUAACAAUUUCCUAUCUGGAACACUUCCUAAUUGGAUUGGAGAUAUUGAAUACUUGAAAAUGCUUGUGCUAUCGAGUAAUUUAUUGGAAGGCCCUUUACCAUUGAACUUCUGCAACUUGCAUCAUCUCGUUCUUUUAGACCUUUCAAGUAACAACCUUGGGCCGAAUAUACCCCCAUGUGCCAAUGUUACAAUUAUGAGGUUCUUGCAUUUAGCAAAUUAUACACUUGAAGGGUAUUUCCCUAAGUUUCUCUCUAGAGCUUCAUCGAUUGUCACAUUAGAUCUAAGACACAAUGCAUUGUCAGGUGAGGUCCCCAGUUGGAUCGGUUUGCUUCAGAAUUUGAAGGUUCUUCUACUGCAAGGAAACAACUUUGAAAGUUCAAUCCCUUCGGAUUUGUGUCUGUUGAAAAACAUGAGCAUAUUGGAUCUCUCUCAAAAUAAUCUUUCUGGACAAAUUCCUUCAUGUUUGGAAGAUUUGUCAUUUGGAAAAGAUGGGGCAUCUAUGAAUGCCGUGGAGAGUUCGCCGUGGCUAUUGGAAGAUUUCGCAUUUGCUCCCACAGAGACGCCUCCGUGGCUAUUGGCAUUUUACAAAUAUGAGGGUAGAUUCUCUUUUCCGUAUUGGGAUUAUCUAGAUUACACAAGAGCUAAGUUUGAAUUAGAAGAAGUAAACUUUAUGACGAAGAGAAGGUUGGAAUCUUAUAAGGGCAGCAUUCUACGACUCAUGUCGGGAAUGGAUCUCUCGCAGAAUAAUUUGACGGGCUUUAUUCCUCCAGAGUUCGGCCACUUGAGUGAACUUCGAGCCUUGAACCUCUCGCACAAUCAUUUGACGGGACCCAUCCCAGAUAUGUUUUCCAAUUUGAAGAAUGUAGAGAGCUUGGACCUGUCCUACAACAGCUUAAUCGGUCCAAUCCCUCCACAACUAAUGGAGCUUUAUGCCCUGUCAGAUUUUAGAGUUGCUCACAACAACUUGUCAGGCAGGAUACCAGACGGAAAAUUUCAAUUUGGAACUUUUGAUAAAGCAAGUUAUGAAGGUAACCCUCUUCUUUGUGGAACACCAUUAACAAGUUGUGAUAACUCAAGUCAGGUACCGGAGACACCGCCAUCUCUUAAUCAUACCAGGGAGGAUGACUCCUGGAGAGAAGCCUUCAUGUGGAGUUUUGCAGGAUCAUAUGUUGUGGCGUUCCUUGGCGUGGUUCUUUUUCUCUGCCUACACCCGUACUAUCGGUACAUGCUGUCCGAGCUUGUUCGUAAGCUUAUCCCAUCUUUUCCCUAGUAGAGAUUGUUCUCCGAAGCAUUUUGUGAUGGAAAAAUAAGAUGAAACAGGGGGAAACCUUUAUGUAACAGGAUUUUAUGCAUUUGAGUCUUUAUCUUUCAUUUUGAACGCUUGACUCCUAUGAGUGUUCGUAUUGUAUUCCUUGUCUUGCUAAUUUGAAUAUUAGGAGAUUUUGAUAUGGUUGUGAAUUGAGAGAAAAUAGUUUAGUUCAACAUUGAAAUGAAUCCAGCAUUGACAGAUUCCUGUAAAUGUUACCCAAGAUGUGAAAUAU